ACCUAAUAGAAGGCAGACAUGGAAAUGACCAACGGGUCCCUGCAGUAUCCCUCCAUACUUCACACGGACUUCGGACCGCUAAAUGACCUUCUGGAGGAGAACGAAACGAACUCAACCGCAGGAGAGCGAAACUGGCUGAACUGCGUUCAGAUCCGGGUCCCUCAGGAGCUCUUCUUGGCACUGGGACUCAUCAGUCUGGUGGAAAACAUCUUGGUCAUCAUGGCGAUUAUUAAAAAUCGAAACCUCCACUCGCCCAUGUACUACUUUAUCUGCUGCCUGGCCGUGUCUGACAUGCUUGUCAGCGUCAGCAACGUGGUGGAGACCAUAUUCAUGCUUCUCAAUGACCACGGCCUCCUGGAUGUGAACCCCGGCAUGCUUCGCCACCUGGACAACGUCAUCGACGUGAUGAUCUGCAGCUCCGUGGUGUCCUCUCUCUCCUUUCUGUGCACCAUCGCUGCCGAUCGCUAUAUCACCAUCUUUUACGCGCUGAGGUAUCACAGCAUCAUGACCCCUCAUCGCGCCAUCAUCAUCAUCGUGGUGGUGUGGCUGGCCAGCAUCACCUCCAGCAUCCUCUUCAUCGUAUAUCAUACAGACAACGCCGUCAUCGUGUGCCUCGUCACUUUCUUCUGCACUACUCUGGUAUUCAACGCCGUGUUAUACCUGCAUAUGUUUGUCCUGGCGCACGUGCAUUCUCGGCGCAUCGUGGCUUUCCACAAAAACAGGCGCCAGUCCACAAGUAUGAAAGGAGCCAUAACCCUCACUAUCCUGCUCGGGGUCUUUAUUUUAUGCUGGGGCCCUUUCUUUCUACACCUUAUCCUCAUCCUCGCCUGUCCCACCAGCCCCUUCUGCAACUGUUUCUUUCGAAACUUUAACCUUUUCCUCAUCCUCAUCAUCUGUAACUCCCUCAUCGACCCGCUUAUAUACGCGUACCGGAGCCAGGAGCUGCGUAAAACCUUGCAGGAGAUGGUCCUGUGUUCGUUUUGCUUCGGCGUGUGA